GGACUCAGUGGAAAAGGACAGGAGGAUCAGGGAGCUCUCUGCCUCUCAUGAUAAUGACAUGCAGAAGAUGGAGACUCAGUUGUGCUCCACUCGCUUACAGCUGGUCUCCGUCAGAGCAGAACUGGUUGAUGCUCAUAAGGAACUGGAUGAGACAAAGAGCAAAUCAGCAACUACUCUGCUGGCCACUGAAGAUGAAAUAUUACAACUGAAAGCUGAUUUGCGAGCCGCACAUGAGCAGGUGGAGAUUUACAAGAGGAAGCUGGGGGCUCUUGAUGACUGUGAGCGUCAGAUUCGCCUCCUGAGAGAUGAAGUGUCCUACCUGAGCACGGAGAAGGCCUUGCUGCAGGAGAGGCUGGUGAGAAGUCGUUCUCCGAGCCCUUUGCCCAGACUCAGCCGCUCCUCCAGCCCCAUGAGGAGUGAGUCACCCACCAGAGCCCAGCUCACUAACUCCUCCCGCCAUGCACGUCUCGUGUCUCGCUUCAGUGACCUGUAUGCUGUGGAGCGUCAGGAGGCCCAGAGCCUGCUUCGACGCUACAUAGCUGAUUUAGAGAUGGUCCAGAAAAUCAUCUUCAUUGCUGUAGUGGAAUCGUUCAAGACAGCAAAACUAGCUUACCGCCAGUUCAAGCUGCGUGUAAGAAAGACCUUGUCCCCAUCCCACUUUGGACCAGAAAGUCUGGAAGACGCAGCCGUGGACUACAUUGUCAGAAACUUGGACCUAUAUGAUGUACAGGACAGCGUCAAUGGCGUGAUCAAUGCCAUGAAUGUGAAUCCACGCAUCUCCUUCCCACCAGAAGUGGACUUUGUCCUCAUCAGUGCAUUGAUCAGGGAGACAUGCAGGGUGGCCUUCGCCAUGCAGACUCUGGACCCCGCGCUUGACUUGGCCUUUGCCAGUGAUGGAGAACUUUACAGUGACAUUAAGUCAGUCCAUUGCACAACGCUGUGUCUAAACCUUAUAUCAAAGCUGCGAAACAACAUUCAUACAGUGUUUGAUUUACUUAUUACCACACUACCAAGCAGUUUACAACAGCACCUUU